AUGGUGCCAUUGACUCUUGUUCUGGUUACUCUGGUGGUUGCUCUAGGUGGUUUUGUCUAUGGGGUAGACUCAGGUAUCAUUGCAACGACGUUGGCUCAUGAUACGUUCAAGUAUUCCAUGCUGGGCCCAACUGGGACCAAUGCUGCUCUUACAGGUGCCAUCGUGUCUUUGUAUAAUGUUGGCCAGGCAAUUGGUACCUUGGGGGCCGGAUACUCGGCCAACAAGUUUAGUCGACGAUGGACCAUAUGUGCCAGUGCAAUGAUUGCAAUUGUUGGUGCCACCCUCCAGACUGCAGCGGUAAAUGCAGGCAUGAUGAUCGUUGGACGUUUCUUCGCUGGGAUGGGAUGUGGAAUCCUUCUGGCUGUCGUGCCCACCUAUAUCGCCGAGAUCUCGCCUGCCCAGCACAGAGGAAUGAUAGUUGGUCUUCAGGGAUUCAUGAUUGCUAUCGGCUUCUUUAUUGCCAAUUGGAUUGGCUAUGGUGGUGCAUAUGCGAAAGGAAACGCUCAGUGGCGGAUUCCGCUUGCAAUGCAGAUACCAGGACCCAUAGCUUUGGCCCUUGGAUGCUGCUUCAUUCCGUAUAGUCCUCGUUGGUUGGUUCGACAGGAACGGUAUGAAGAGGCUCGCGCCGUCUUGACCACCUUGCACGGCCACGACGAAGAAACGGUAGCUCGGGAACUCGGGGAGAUCCGACACCAUAUUCAAGCUGAAAUGACUCAAGGGCCAAGUUUCAAAGAGUCCCUUACAAAUCUUCUCUCUCGUCGAUAUCUCCACCGUACUUCGAUGGCUUGCUUCCUUCUCAUCAUGGGCCAAUUCAGUGGUUCGUCUGUCAUCCAAAAUUAUCAGAGUAGCUUCUAUGAAGCGGUUGGAUUCACUGGUAAAACCUCCUUGAUGAUCAGUGGUAUCUAUGGUAUCAUGGGUGUCCUUGGUCAGGUCAUCUACCUGUUCUUCGCUGCUGACAAGUGGCCUCGCACCCGAACCUUGUGGGUUGGUUCUGGUUUCUUGUCGGUGAUGAUUGCCAUAUGCAUGGCGCUGUCGGCUUUGUAUGGCGAUGCAAGCACUGGCAAUAUAAGUGGCGCGAGAGCUGCAAUUGCCAUGAUCUUCCUAUAUUCCUGUGGAUAUGCUGUCUUCUUCAAUGCGACGAUCUGGGUGGUGCCAUCAGAAAUUCUUCCGUUUUCUCUUCGUGCAAUCGGUAUGGCUCUCGCGGUGUUCUGCAAAUCUGUGUCGGCCAUUGUCUUGUCCCAGAUUACACCCACGGCACUUCAGAAUGUCGGUUGGCGAUACUAUUCUCUAUUCAUUGCCACUAAUAUGGUUGCGGCUUUUGUAUACUUCUUUCUGUUGCCAGAAACCGGCGGUAAGACUCUGGAGCAGAUUGAGGAAUUGUUCGGGGACAUCCUUGUUGCGGACCAAGUUUCCAAACUUGAGGACGGUGAAGCCAAUGUGAAGAUUGCAGAAUCCAAGUCCUUGCACGUCGAAAGCGCCGUCUAA